AUGUCGUCGGUGGAGGCUAUUUUUGAUAGCUUACAGAAGAAGUCGGUGGAGAAUGUUAGAGUGAAGGACGAGAUCAAGGCUGCGGUUGAAGAAGUCGACGAUGCGUACAGGAUCUGUGCGAGGAGGACGGCCCGGAUCCAUUCGUACAAUGCUGCGGUUGACGCUGAUUCGAGAGCUUUUUUAGGCUCUGUUAGUGAAUCUUUGGAUGAAUCAGUUGCAAUUGCGCAGUCUAAGGUCAAAGAUCUUAUUGCAGUUGUUUCGAAGUAUCCAUUCUACAAGUACAAUGGCGUGUGGACACAUGGAAUUCAGAAUGUGGUGUAUGUUUCCAUGAUGGCCCAUAUCAUUAGAAGUCUGAGCACUGAUUCACAGAUUUCUUUGCUAGCUCCAAGUGAGAUCACUGCUGUGUUUGGCUGUCCGUUUGAAUCGGACUUUGAAAGUCCUCCUGAUGUGUUCCACUUGACCUGUGAUGAGUACUUGCAAGCUGUUGUGUCGGUGUCCAAUGAGCUUGCCAGGUUAGCUAUCACUUCUGUUACCGCUGGGUUCACCUCUUUCCCAAAGAAAAUUGAGAUUUUUGUCAAAGAGAUCCAGGCGUCGUUUAUGGCACUGAACCUGAAAAACGAUAGUUUACGUAGACGGUUCGACAGUCUUAAAUAUGACGUGAAGAAAGUCGAGGAGGUGGUGUAUGAUUUAGCUGUUCGUGGGGUAGCUGUUUAA